AGGAAGAGAUGAAAUCAUAGAACUAGAUGUCCAAAUUGGAAUCAGAUUUAGGCCCCUAUUCUAUCAAACUAUAACCAGGUUUACAUUCUGCACAGCACUGUAACCUUUGCUUACCUGAGUACAUGAAUCCCUACAAAUGUGCCAGAAGAAAAUUGUCCUCUUUGAAAACUUGGGUACCAGGUUUGAUAGAAAAAAGGCCCCAUCUGAUUCCAACUUCAACUUCAGUUCACAUUUCAACUGCGAUUUCAUGUUCCGACCUCUUCAUUCCACUCUCCUGGGCAAGGUCUCCAUUCCAGGCAUCUGAUGCGUGUCCAGAGAGGCUGCUGGGUAACGAGCGGAGAAGGACGUGUCCAAAACCCUGUACACAGGACAAGGACUGUGGCAACAAGCGCCAGUGUCUGUGUGAUGGCCAGUGUGGCCUCAGCUGUGUGGCUCCAGGUCGUACUUGUCCCUGGCCCCUGCCCUCAGGGUACAACUUUGUUGCUUCCCUCCUCUCUCCCACUCCCUCCUUCUCUGCCCUCCUCGAGGUGCGUUGUGACACAGGCUACAUGUUGCCCAAUGGCUUGGAUGCAGCCAUCCGUCGUUGCCAAGGCGACCGACAAUGGAGCGGUGAUGAUCCCAACUGCACAGCCCCCACCUCCCCUCAGGUCUCAUGUCCUUUACCUGAGGAGGUGACCGACACCUUCAGCAUCGAUGGAUCUGCAGUCGCUGGAACAACCAUCCGCUACACCUGUCUGUCUGGGGAGCGGGUGGGAAACAGUGAGAAUCUCUGUAAUAUUGAUCAGACCUGGCAGUACCCUCACCCAAUCUGUCAAAGGGUGUGGUGCCCGCCCCCCCAGGAGGUGAACCAGGGGUACCUGGUGGCGGUACAGAGGACUGAGUACGAUGUGGGCGAUGCCAUCUAUUACCUCUGUAAGAAGAACCACCUGCUGGAUGGACCCAACCGGGUCACCUGCCAGCCCAACGGCACCUGGAGCGCAGUGCCCUACUGCAGAGCGCGCUGUCCAAUCCCAGCGGAGCGGAGCCGUGUUCUGAUUGGUGGGCUGAAGCGUUGGCCCUAUGAUGUGACAGACUCGGUGGUUCCCCACGGGGAGAGUGUGACGUUCUACUGUAAACACUCCAGGAAGCAGUGCAGCUUCCCCUACACACAGACCUGUUUCGACGGCAGGCUCAACCCCCCCUUCUGCUACCUGGAACCCACCUGGCUGCAGUACAAACUGUUCCCUCAUCGGCUGGUGUCGGAGAUCGAGGCCUGCUCUCUUGUAGACCUGGACUAAUACCCCAACACUCCCAUCUCUAUCUCUUGUCCCCCUCUCUCUCAGCCUGUACCAAUGAUAGGCUCUACAUGUCUUAAUAAUAGCUGUGUUAAUGAUAAUACAUGCAUUAAUACAGAAGUAAAACGUAGUCAUAACUCAUAUAGUUCAAAUGUUCACUUCAUGUGUUGUUACCGUGUGACUCUGACUCCUCCCACUGCGGGAUCUGACUGACCUGACGUGUUGUUUUGUUUUAACAUAGUGUGUUCCUGCCCCAAGCUGGCCCUCAGGAUACUCCUCCUCCUUAUGUUGUUGACACACCAAGCCCUGAGGCUUGGAAGUUCUAUUGAUGUGACGGUUUUGAAAUAAAAACAACGUUUUGCUGUGAUGUGA